AUCACGUCUUCUCGUUCUUUGACUUCCUGUCCUUGUGAGUGGGAGGAGACUCAUCCCGUCUUCUCGUUUGACUUCCUGUCCAGGUUCCUUCUGAGUGGGAGAAGGCCGCCAGAGAGCCGAUGCCAUGGACGUGUUGAACUACACUUCCUGGAACGCCUCGGAGGGCAACGAGACGCAGGCGGCGGAGGAUGAGGCCGAGAGCCCCUACAAGACGGUGGAGGUGGUGUUCAUCGUGCUGGUGGCCGGCUCCCUCAGCCUGGUCACCGUCAUCGGGAACAUCCUGGUCAUGCUGUCCAUCAAGGUGAACCGCAACCUGCAGACGGUCAACAACUACUUCCUGUUCAGCCUGGCGUGCGCCGACCUCAUCAUCGGCCUGUGCUCCAUGAACCUGUACACGGUGUACAUCGUGAUCGGCUACUGGCCCCUGGGGCCCGUGGUGUGCGACCUGUGGCUGGCCCUGGACUACGUGGUGAGCAACGCGUCCGUCAUGAACCUGCUGAUCAUCAGCUUCGACCGCUACUUCUGCGUCACCAAGCCGCUCAGCUACCCCGUCAAGCGCACCACCAAGAUGGCGGGCAUGAUGAUCGCGGCCGCCUGGGUGCUGUCCUUCGUCCUCUGGGCGCCGGCCAUCCUCUUCUGGCAGUUCAUCGUCGGCGGGCGCACCGUGCCCGAGAGGGAGUGCUACAUCCAGUUCUUCUCCAACGCCGCCGUGACCUUCGGCACGGCCAUCGCCGCCUUCUACCUGCCCGUCAUCAUCAUGGUCAUCCUCUACUGGCGGAUCUCCAAGGCCAGCAAGAGCCGCGUGAAGAAGGACCCCCGGAAGGCCCCCAACCCGGAGCCCCGGUCCCCGCGGGCCGCCCUCCCCACGGCCAACAACAACAACCUGGCCGCCGGGCCCGCCCUCUCCCAGACCGCCGCCAGCACCACGGAGGACGCGUCCCAGCCGCACGACGCCCGGCUGCAGAACGGCAAGGGCCCGUCCUCCACCGGCGAGGGCGAGGAGGCGACGGCGGCCAGGGACCACCCCGGGGAGGAGAAGGAGAGCUCCAACGAGUCCAGCUCCGGCAGCGCCGCCGCGUCCCACCUGCCCGACGGGGAGCCCACCACCUCCAGGCCCGACGCCGCUCCCGGCGGAGGCGCCGCCGACGGCAACCCGCAGACGCAGGCGCGGCAACGCGCCAAGACGGGGGUCUCCUCCAAGCUCACCUGCAUCAAGAUCAAGACCAAGUCCCCCAAGGGCGACUGCUACACCCCGGCCAACCAGUUGACGGUGGAGAUCGUGCCGGCCGCAGAGCGGCAGAACCACGUGGCGCGCAAGAUCGUGAAGAUGACCAAGCAGCCGCCCACCAAGAAGAAGAAGGCGCCGCCGUCGCGGGAGAAGAAGGUGACGCGCACCAUCAUGGCCAUCCUGGUGGCGUUCGUGGCCACCUGGACGCCCUACAACGUCAUGGUGCUCAUCAACACCUUCUGCUCCAGCUGCAUCCCCAACACGGUGUGGACCAUCGGCUACUGGCUGUGCUACAUCAACAGCACCAUCAACCCGGCCUGCUACGCCCUCUGCAACGUCACGUUCAAGAAGACCUUCAAGCACCUGCUGCUCUGCCAGUACCGCAACAUCAGGGCCGGCCGGUGAACCGAGUGGAGGGAGAGGUGUGUGUGUGUGUGUGUGUGUGUGUGUGUGUGUCCGAGUAUCUCUCUAUGCGUGUGCUUGUAAGUAUGUGUCUGCGCAUGUGUGUUUGUAUUUCUGCGAGUAUAAGCGCGUGUGCGUGUGUGUGCGUGCGUGUGCGUGCGUGCGUGUGUGCGUUUGCAGGUCUGACUGCAAGGGUGAUAAUUAGAAAGGCGUGUUUUUCUUUGUUUCUUUGUCGUCGACACAAUGACCUAUUGUAGCACUUUACACUCACCCCGCUAUUGAAACACGUCGUGUGCCGAGCGGAUCGCCGGUGCAGAGAGGCCGCUCCACGGACUCGCGGACGCAAGGCGUGAAUCGAACCAGCGGACCACAUCAGCAGCGGGACAGUGGGGGCGAGAGAGGGAACAACAACCCAUCAGAAACGUGGGAACAUCUGUACCGUUGAGGAAUCUCAAGAGGACGGGAUUUCAAUGGGACAACAGGGCUGACUGAAUGACCAACCUCUACCGGUUACAAUUCAGUGAUGAUAACUGUAGAUACCUGUAUAUACAUCUGCGUAUACUCAAUGUGUGUUUACUUCUUGUGUUAAGGUGUGUGCGCGAGGGGGUUUGUGUGUGUGUGUGUGUGGGUGCGUUUUUGCGGUGCCUCUUUGCCUCCGUCUUUCCCCCCGUCCCGUCCCGUCCCGUCGAUCAUCGGCUGCCGGAGAGUCGAUGAUGUAACGGAGGACUACCCCCUCCAUCCUUCCUCUCACUCCCACUGAACGACAGUAGCACUGAUUCAAGGAUGAUGUGAUUGGCCCAGCCGUCGCCACCCAGGCCCUUGCAUGGCAUUGGGCAAACUGCCGAGCCCGUCUAGUCACACGGCCGUCUCCGGAUCAGGACUCUGGGGGGUUUCUAGGGGAUGACAUCCGAACAAAGAACAUUAGCCUCUUACUGCUUACAAAACAACACUUUUAUCCAAAGUGAAUUCCAUUUGAAACAUGGUGAAGGAGCCGGUAGGACAUGGUGGCCAUGUGGGAGUCCCAUGGGGGGGGUCCAUCCCAAAACAUAUUGGCUGGGACUCAAACACCCUAACCCCUAAGCCUAAGUCUGGCCUACGCUAAGCAGCCUCUUGUUUAGUAGGAUCCCAGAAGAAUGACACAAAUGGUUGAACAUAAUUUCAAACUAAAGUUACACUCGGGCAGAGAGGAUGAGGGUCCGGUGAGAAGAGUUUGGAUCACAUUAUUAAAUGAGGCGGUCGGCAUACCUGUUCCCUCCAGUGCAUCACACAGCGGCUCUAUCUGCCCUCGGAACACUAACCCCCCCGCACCCUAACCCCUCUUAACCCUAACCCCCCUGUGAGGGACCGACCCGGUCAGCCCAAGAAUUUGGGAUACGGACUCACUGGACUGGAGAGUGUGGGAAAAAAAAAAUCAGGGGUGGCAAUUCGGUUUGGAAAAAUUAGUGACGUUUUAUUUCAUGAAAAAAAAAGUCUAAAAAUAAAUCCAGCGUUCCAAAUUAUAAAUGAAUAUCUCAAAAAGCUUUUAGCAACCUAGUAACUUAGCAUAGCAUACUUUAGCAUAGCAUAGCAUAGCAUAGCAUAGCAAACUGUUAGCAUACCAUAGCGUUUCUUGUACGGGCCUUGCAUCAAGCCAGCACCUACCCUCACUCAACUCAACACAAUGAGAAACCUCUUAAAUAAGGACAGGAAAUUGGACCAAUCAAGGCCAGUUGGGCCAUACCACUAAAAUGGGGGUACAUUUCCUAACCCUAACCCUGGCCAAGGCUAGAUGGAAUGACCUACUGCCCCCUACUGCGGCGGAAGUACAAUUCCAACCAGCAGUUUGCUCGUUAGUGAGACAGUGAGAAGGGGUUUCACUUCCCCCCCCCCCUCACCCGAACCCCCCCUCACCCUGACCUCCCUCACCCUAACCCCGUGAACCCUGACCCCCCUGAGCCCCCUUACCCUAACCCUCACGGCCCACCGGGGGGUGGAGGAUGAGACGAUUGGGAUCUCUGUGGUGAUUGGCUGAUUUGUGUUCAUGUGUCACAAUAUGUGCUGCUAUUGGAUGAGAGAAAGUGUGUCUGUGGGCGGGUGCAAUAGAGUGAUACCAUGUAUGGUGGUGUGUGUUUGGUGUGUGGUGUGUGUGUGUGUGUGCGUGUGUGAAUCGAGAGAUGUGUGCAAGCACUCCUAGAAUGGAGUUUACUUCUAAUCACAGGUCCCAACCUUGUGACUUAACUAAGGGCUAUAUCCACGUGUUCAACGUCUCAUCAACUUUUACUGUAACCCCAUCCAUCUCACGUCCAUCCUCGACAUAUUCAUCCAUCAAUGUUCACGAAUGAGUGUGGGACACAACAGUGCCCCACAUAAGCAUUGUUUUGAUCGACUGGGAUGCACAGGCCCUCUUCCCCGGGCAGCGUAGGUUUUGGUUCGGAAAAGUGCUGCCAUCUGUUUCAUUAGAGUGGCAGCCCCCCCCCCGCCCCUUCAACCACCAGGUAGAGCUUCAUUUAGAUUAGCCGUCAUUUGGCAGAUAUAUGGCAAGUAUCUGGGCAUAUGAAUUAAGGAUUAAUGAAUUGAGGACACAGCUGGUUUAUUGCCCUUAAACUAAGUCUGCACGCUGGGGGGGAUCCGGACACAAUAUGUGGACUGAGAGGGAGCUGGGGGGGGGGGGGCGACCAGGAGGGCUCAGACAUCUGUCACCAUGAUGAAUCUGUCACUGAGAUGCCAUCUGUCACCCUGAUGAAUCGUGUGCGUCCGCCAACAGUCGCCGCAUCGCGCGACGCAGCAGCAGCAGCACAGCGCGAACGCACCCUCUGUGAACAGACCGGUUAAGCGUGGGGCUAAGCUGCCGUUUGAGCGAUACCAGCAGGGAAGGCGAGGUGCCACCCAGGCCUUUGAGCAGCUCGUUGGAGGUGUUGGGCGGGAAGGCGAGGGCAGGAGUGACACCCACACCAGGGACCCUCCAUGUGAGAUGCAUCUUUCAACCUGCGCAACAGAGUUCUUUGUGGGCAGUCGCUGGUGGCUUGAGCUGAAGCUGCAGCUUCAGCGACAUCACUUCCCAGACUGUUACUGUGCUAUGAGAUAUCCUCACAGUGGAAUGGGGGGAUGGGGGGGGGGGGGGGGGGGGGGGGAUGGGUUGUGAUAUGUUUAAUCUAGUAAAUAGCUUUAGUAGUUUAGGAACGCUCGGAAACUCUAGACGAUUGACGAUGGAGUACGGUGUCAUCGUCCCGGGAUAGACGUAAACAAGGAACAGAGUACAGAAGGUCGGCAGGGGGCCGAGGACUGAAACAGACCCCAGCAGACCUCUGGAAGGUGGAGAUCACAGCCGUGUAAGGAGAAACCCAGCGGGCCUCAGAGGGCAGCCAAAGUGUGUUCAGGUGAAUUGUUGACGUCCAGCGGUUGUAUAAACACAAGUGCCGGCAGUUCUGUUAACUGUCUCUAGCUUGGAUUUCACUGUAUUUCCCGGGUCAUCCGAUGCACAAGUUCAGAGGAGGAAGAGGAUUCAGAAGGAUCAAAGAGAUCCAUGUUGGGUUUGAGUUAAAGUGCAUCCACUACCAUAUAUUCACAUUCGUUCAUAUUCAUCAAACCCUACGCCUCACCCAUUAACGUCCAUCUCACCCUUACCCUCACCCAUUCAUAGCCUGCACUUGGCUGUUCUCCUAGCGGUCGAGGGCACUGUCUCCAUGGUGACCAACAGACCAUAAUGUGCCGUCAGAGCAGCUUGGCUCAUCUUCACACGGCUAGAAAAAGGGCUCAACUCCUUAAAUGGGGAAACUUCACGUUUAAAAUAUUAUUUGUUUUUUGUUUAGUUUUAGUGUGGAUAAGUUCCCAUGAUGAUGGACUUGCCUCAUUAAUGGAUUAUAUUUUAAUAUUUGGUGGUAGCAUCGGUGCAGUUUAGUUUUUCAAGGUUAAAACCUUUGUUUGGAAAUACAUAAAGAACAGUUGGUAUGUAUCGUAUUAGACGAUUUAUAAGUAUUAUACUAUAUUUAAUGUAGCAAGGUCUAAGUGUUUGCAGCGACUGCAAGCUUGAUGUUCUGGUGUAUAACGUAAACAUUUUAUUUCUAACAAAACUAAAUAUAUAUAUGUAAAUAUAUGCAUAUAUAUAUAUACAUAUAUAUAUAUAUUUAUCUAUCGCCAGAUUGUAAGGAGCAAUCCACAGUGCCUUAAAUGAAAUGUGAUGAACACACAGAUUGCUCCAUUUGAUCUUAAUCGUUCAAACCUUCAUCUUCAGAUGUGAGGCUGCUGUUGGUGUUUUUUAUUCACACAGAAACUGCUGAGUAGUGAUGUCUCAUAAAGUCAUCUUUCUGCGACGAUAAUUCAAAGACAGCGUCGCCGCGUUCCUAACGAGUGGGGGUCCUCAGAGGCUGGGUGAAGACACAUCGUUUUGUAACAAAGCAAACACUAGAUAAUAGGACAUAACACAACUGACAUUUGCACACCCUACCCUGGAGGCAAAGCGGGAUGUUUUGUGUUUGGUGUGUGUGUGUGUGUGUGUGUGUGUGUGUGUGUGUGUGUGUGUGUGUGUGUGUGUGUGUGUGUGUGCAUGCACGCGUGCAUGCCUGAAUGUCAAUAUGGGUGUGUGUUUCUGCUUUUGCAUGACGUUUUCUUUCGACUUUGUUUAACAUUGCAGUAUUUUCUACUAUCAUUGCUCAGUGUAAAUCUGUUCCAGUAUUAUUUUGCGUGUGGACUCUUUGCGUGUGUGUGUGUGUGUGUGUGUGUGUGUGUGUGUGUGUGUGUGUGUGUGUGUGUGUGUGUGUGUGUGUGUGUGUGUGUGCGUGUGUGUGUGUGUGUGUGUGUGUGUUGGGGGGGGGGGAUAUGUACGUGUUUUUUGUGUAUCAGUGAGUUAUAUGAGGAUUAUACUUUUUAUGCUGACAAGAAUUUUGUCUGAACACAUGGGACAUACAAGGAGGAGACUCACUGUGUGACUGUGUGUCUCUCUCUCACUCUCUCUCUCUGUCCCUCUCUCUCUCUCUCUCUCUCUCUCACUGACUCUCUCUCUCUCUCUCUCUCUCUCUCUCUCUCUCUCUCUCUCUCUCUCUCUCUCUCUCUCUCUCUCUGUCUCUCAUUCUCUCACAAGAAGCAUCAAAACUUCCAAAGACACUGACUUGGGAACAAUAUGUUCUACCAACAAAGAAUUACUGAUUAACCAUCAUUGUACAUUUUGUACCACGUUUUAUAAAUAUUUGAUUAUUUUGUCAUUGUAAAAAUAUAUAAACAUAAUAUCUAUGUUUUAAUGCAAUUGCAGUAUGACAUUUAAUGGGAGCUCCUCUGUCUGAAUUCAAAGAUGUACGAUGUGUAUGCAGAUUAUCUUCAUUAUGAAAGGAGCAUAUAAAUGCAUACAUAGACAUAUUUUUAUUUAUGAGGGUGUUUUUUUUCUCAGUUUAAGGUUUUCUUGCCUUGCCUGAUGACUGAACAGUACAAGAAACAGUGAACUACCAACCCUGGAUCAGAGUAUGGCAUGAGACUCCAACAUAUGAGAGCAUUUUCACCACUACCACCAAUGGUGAAAUGGUACAAUAUCAGAAACCAUUUGAUGGACAAAUUUAGUAUUAAUAGAAAAGAAAGAAAUAUACAAAAAAAAUACGCUUGCUAAAAAAAAGUGUCUGGGAUGUAGAAAUAUAAUGCUGUAGCUGUAUUUGCUUUUUUUGAAUGCAGUGGCUUCCGUGUGUACAUGCUCCUUGUGUCCUCACCGUAGCUCUGCAAUAGGCAAGCGUAUAGUCGUUGAAGACGUCUUUCGUUAGGUUUCUAUGUGUUUGUAUAUAUACCUGAUAUGCUAUAGAUUAUAUGUAUUCUGAUGCAGCUGAAAUGUACAUACAUGUGUUAAUUAGCUGAGUUCUAUCUGAAUGUUCCCCCCUCCCCCUUCCUCCUUGUACAGUAACCGUGGUGAUCUAUUCUAUUUUGCUGCAUUUGUGAUUAUUCACUCUUAACCAAUAAAAACUCUGAAAGUG